GCGGGGCCGGCGCCCGCUCCGCGCAGCAUGUCCGCCCGCGCCCCUCCGCGCCGCCCGCGGCCGCCGCCGCUGCCGCUGCCGCUGCUGCUGCUGGCCCUGGGCGGCCGCUGCCUGCGCGCGGAGCCCGGCGACGGCGCGCAGACCUGGGCCCGCUUCGCGCGCGCCCCGGGCCCCGAGGCCGCCGGCCUCCUCCACGACACGUUCCCCGACGGCUUCCGCUGGGCCGUGGGCAGCGCCGCCUACCAGACCGAGGGCGGCUGGCGGCAGCACGGCAAGGGCGCGUCCAUCUGGGACACCUUCACCCACCGGGCCCCGGCCGCCCCGUCGCCGGCCGCCCCGGCCACCGGAGACGUGGCCAGCGACGGCUACAACAACGUCUUCCGCGACACCGAGGGGCUGCGCGAGCUGGGGGUCACUCACUACCGCUUCUCGAUCUCGUGGGCGCGGGUGUUCCCCAACGGCAGCGCGGGCGCCCCCAACCGCGAGGGCCUGCGCUACUACCGGCGCCUGCUGGAGCGGCUGCGGGAGCUGGGCGUGCAGCCCGUGGUCACCCUGUACCACUGGGACCUGCCCCAGCGCCUGCAGGACGUCUACGGCGGCUGGGCCAACCGUGCCCUGGCCGAGCACUUCAGGGAUUAUGCCGAGCUCUGCUUCCGCCACUUUGGCAGCCAAGUCAAAUACUGGAUCACCAUCGACAACCCCUACGUGGUGGCCUGGCACGGCUACGCCACCGGGCGCCUGGCCCCGGGAGUCCGGGGCACCUCGCGCCUCGGGUACCUGGUGGCGCACAACCUUCUUCUGGCUCAUGCCAAAGUCUGGCAUCUCUACAAUACUUCCUUUCGUCCAACUCAGGGAGGCCAAGUGUCCAUUGCCCUAGGUUCCCAUUGGAUCAGUCCUCGAAGAAUGACUGACCACAACAUCAAAGAAUGUCAAAAAUCUCUUGACUUCGUCCUAGGCUGGUUUGCGAAACCCAUAUUUAUUGAUGGUGAUUAUCCCGAUAGCAUGAAGAGUAAUCUUUCGUCUCUUUUGCCUGAUUUCUCUGAAUCUGAGAAAAAGUUCAUCAAGGGAACAGCUGACUUCUUUUCCCUUUCCUUUGGACCAACGUUGAGUUUUCAACUCUUAGAGCCCCACAUGAAGUUCCACCAAGUGGAAUCCCCCAGCCUGAGGCAGCUUCUCUCCUGGAUUGACCUUGAAUAUAAUCAUCCUCAAAUAUUCAUUGUGGAAAAUGGCUGGUUUGUCUCAGGGACCACUAAGAGAGAUGAUGCGAAAUACAUGUAUUACCUCAAAAAGUUCAUAAUGGAAACCUUAAAAGCCAUCAGGCUGGAUGGAGUUGAUGUCAUUGGGUACACGGCCUGGUCCCUUAUGGAUGGUUUUGAGUGGCACAGAGGCUACAGCAUCCGACGUGGACUCUUCUAUGUCGAUUUUUUGAGCCAGGAUAAGAAGCUGUUGCCAAAGUCUUCAGCCUUGUUCUACCAAAAGCUGAUAGAGAGCAAUGGCUUCCCUCCUUUACCUGAAAACCAACCCCUAGAAGGGACAUUUCCCUGUGACUUUGCUUGGGGAGUUGUUGACAACUACGUUCAAGUAGACACCACUCUGUCUCAGUUUACCGACCCCAACAUUUACCUGUGGGACGUCCGCCACAGCAAGCGGCUUAUUAAAGUGGAUGGGGUUGUCGCCAAGAAGAGGAAAUCCUACUGUGUGGAUUUUGCUGCUAUUGGGCCCCAGAUUGCCCUCCUGCAGGAGAUGCAUGUCACGCAUUUUCACUUCUCCCUGGACUGGGCUUUGAUCCUCCCCUCGGGUAACCAGUCUCAAGUGAACCACACGGUCCUGCAUUACUACCGCUGCGUGGUCAGUGAGCUGGUCCGCGCCAACAUCACGCCCGUGGUGGCCCUGUGGCAGCCCGCAGCCCCCCACCAAGGCCUGCCGCCUCCGCUGGCCAAGCAGGGCGCCUGGGAGAACCCGCGCACCGCCCUGGCCUUCGCAGAGUACGCCAGACUCUGCUUUGAGGACCUGGGCCACCACGUCAAGUUCUGGAUCACCAUGAAUGAGCCCUACACGCGCAACCUGACCUACCGCGCGGGGCAUCACCUGCUGAAGGCUCACGCGCUGGCCUGGCGCUUGUAUGAUGAGAGGUUUAGACCCAGCCAGAAAGGUCAAAUAUCCAUAGCCUUGCAGGCUGACUGGAUAGAACCAGCCUGCCCUUUCUCCCCAAAAGACAAAGAAGUGGCAGAGAGAGUGUUGGAAUUUGACAUUGGCUGGCUGGCAGAGCCCAUUUUUGGCUCUGGGGAUUACCCACGCGUGAUGAGGGACUGGCUGAACCACAGAAGCAAUUUUCUGCUCCCUUAUUUCACUGAAGAGGAAAAGAAGUUAAUCCAAGGCUCCUUUGACUUUCUAGCUUUAAGCCAUUACACCACCAUCCUUGUGGACUGGGAAAAAGAAGAUCCCUUAAAAUACAGUGACUACUUAGAAGUGCAAGAAAUGACAGAUAUCACCUGGCUCAGCUCCCCCAGCCAGGUGGCCGUGGUGCCCUGGGGGCUGCGCAAAGUGUUGAACUGGCUGAAAUCGAAGUAUGGAGACCUCCCCAUGUAUAUAAUCGCCAACGGGGUGGAUGACGACCCACGCGAGGAGCAAGACAAGUUGAGGAUGUAUUACCUGCAGAAUUAUGUAAAUGAAGCCCUAAAAGCCUACAUACUGGAUGGUAUCGAUCUAUGUGGAUACUUUGCUUAUUCAUUUAAUGAUCGUUCUGCUCCAAAGUUUGGCUUCUUUCGUUAUGCUGCAAAUCAGUUUGAGCCCAAACCGUCUAUGCAACAUUACAGGACAAUUAUUGAUAACAACGGUUUCCUGGGCCCUGAAACUCUGGGAAGGUCUUGUCCAGAAGAAUAUACUAUGUGCACUGAAUGUAGCUUUUUUCACACCCAAAAGUCUUUGCUGCUUUUUAUUGCUUUUCUACUUUUUGCUGUUAUUAUUUCCCUUUCUCUUAUUUGUUACUACUCUAAGAAAAGCAGAAGAAGUUACAAAUAGUCUGCACAUUUCCCCUACCCACUGGUUUUGAAAUAAUUAUAUGCACACAUCUGCUGUUAACCAUUUGUACUUCUCAGUGCUGUGAAAUUAAAUUUCAUACAUUUAGUUUUAGAAAACCUUUUGGGGGCAUAUGGCGGAGGUUUUGAAAUGGGUAGCAGUUACUGUAAAAUACUGAGUGAAUUUGGUCUGCAUUUCUUCUCCUUUUUGUUGAUUAAGAAAAUGAUAGAUGUGAUAAUUUCUAUAAAAUCUGUGAGGGAAGCAUGGCAACUGUAGAGAAAUGUAAUGAUGAGAUUAGGAAUACAGUGGACCCUUGACUUACAACUGGUCUGACAUACAAACAACUUGGGCUAUGAUCAGAAUUUUAGUUUUAGCUUAUGACCAAAGGUUUGAGUUAUGACCCAAAGCUGGCCACUUGUGCUUCCAGACAUCUUAGAUACAGAUUUAACCCUUAAAGAGCUCUAGAAGGAGCAUCACAGCAUCCUUUCCUGAAUGGGGCUCACUGAGAAGUCCUGGGCCGAUGUCUCUCUAAGGACACGGAGAGCUGCUGUAUGCAGGAAGCAGACUUUGAAGGCUGUGUUGGGAAGCCUGAGCCUUUUAGUGACAGUUUGAGUUACAACCAGCCCUUGGGAAUGAAUUGAGUUCAUAAGUCAAAGGUCCACUGUAUUUUUAUCUGUCCUCAUUUUUAAAAUUUCAUGUUUUCUUUUAAGUAAUAAUUGCAAGCAUUAGAAUAAAAAGUUAAAUCCCAGGUAACUGUUUUUCAGCUGCCAGGAUGGUACCUGAUGGUGAUACCUCUUUCUAAACGAGUUUCCUACGGAGACGAUGUUAGGCUACAAACAGGAGACACAGCAAAGUGGCCCUAGGCUGAAAUGUUUCUUUUAUUUUUGAAGCAUUCCUUUUAAAAGCUGUAUUUCUGUUGAAUGCUGCUAAUAUUAAUUUAUGUAUCUUGUUAAUAGUAUACUUAAAAAAUUAUGGAGAUUUUUAUUUUGUUUUGCGUGAGGUUUUGAGGCACUCUAUAAACCCAAGUUCCUGGGGGUUUUGUCUACCAGUGCUUGUAGAGGAGUGCGCAUAAGAGAUUCUCACUGAAUGUUUUCCAAAGAAAGAAAACAGAAGAAAACAAAGAAUGAAAACAUGGAUCAUAAGAUGAUGGGUUCUUCAGGAUGUGUGAAACUGUUGUGAAAUGUAGUAUACUGAUCUGAAGUGACUUGAGUUGGGAGACAGAAGGAAGAAAUAUUUAUGAUGAGAAACAUUAUGAUUAAUUUGAUUAUAUAUUCUUUUAUUUUUGAGCUGAUCGUGGAAUGAAUGAGAUGAUCUUUCUUGAGAAAAUAGGAAUGAAAUAAUAACUCAUCCUGUGAAGAGUGAUCCAUUUUCUUUGUACUUCAGAUUGUGCCAUCAGUUCUCUGAAUUGAUAUUUUAAAACAUAUUCGAAAGCAAUCAGGUCGUAUAACACUGGAAGACUUGUUUCUGUGAUCUCUGAGAUCCACUCUGUAUAUUUGCAUCUGUGGAAGUAUCUUUGAACUAGUUUUCCACUGAACUUUUACACUGAAACAUGCCAUUGAUUUCAAGAGGAAGGGCUAAGCAGGUUUUCUCUUUUAAUGCCCUUUAAAUAAGUCUUGCUGAUUUUUAGACAGGGAAGUCUCUCUGUUAAACUGGAGUUGUUUUAUAGAUAAGUCAGUAUUGUAUCAGGGAUGAUAAGCCAAUGAUAAUAGUCAUAAAUAACCUUGCUGACACAGGGUGUGUAAUAAAAUACUGUAUUAUAUAUCAUCUGGAGAGGUGGUAUGAUUUUUUUCCAUGAAAGAUGAGCUUUUAGUGGUGUUCUUUAUAAAACUAAACUAAUUAUAAAAAUGAGACACUUGAAAUAAAAAUCAUUUAUUUUAUGUAUAUAUUUUUCUGAAUGUAAGAGUAAUAUAUGUGAUUUGUAAAAAAUUGAAAGCAAACUGUAUGUAAGGAAAAAAUAAAAAAUGUAUAAUUUUACAAUCCAAA